GAGGGAGAGAGAGAGGAGAAGAGUGACUCAGAGAGACAGAUAGAAAAGCUCCAUCCCACUGAGCAGGACAGAAAGUGUGCAGAACACCACUCUUGAAGUUCUCCUCCAACUUCUGGGGACACAGAGGCAUCACUUCAGAGACACGUCCUGAUCCUGACAAAUCCUCCUUCUUCCAUGGGCAUCAGAGCAGCUUUCAGUCCACGACGCAUACACACACCAGCACCCUCACCCUAACCACUACUGGAAUACACACACACACACAAACAUACAUACACACACGCUGAGAACUGGAUCACUGCAGUCGAGAGGAUGUGCUGUAAGCUGCUGUUUUGGGUUCUCUUGGCCGGUGUGCUGUGUGCCGCAUCCGAGAGUCGCAAGAAUCGGCCGCAAGGUUCAAUCCCAUCGCUCUACAAAACCAGCUCAAACACAUCUGAUCGCCGUGGACGGAAACAGGAAGUGCUGGCCUCCAGUCAGGAAGCCCUGGUGGUGACUGAGAGGAAGUACCUGAAGAGCGACUGGUGCAAGACGCAGCCUCUGCGGCAAACCGUGAACCAUGAGGGCUGCCUGAGCCGCACCGUCAUCAACCGCUUCUGCUACGGCCAGUGCAACUCUUUCUACAUCCCACGGCACGUGAAGAAGGAGCAGGAGUCAUUCCAGUCGUGUGCCUUUUGCCGGCCGCACCGCUUCACUACGCUGACUGUGGAGCUGGACUGCCCCGACCUGCAGCCACCGUUCCGGCACCGGAAGAUCCAGCGGGUCAAACAGUGCCGGUGUAUUUCUGUUAACGUGGCUGAAUCUGGGAAACAGUAGAACUGAAAGACUAUGGCAGCCUGCCUGGGUUAGACAAAAGAAACACAUAUAUUAAAAAAAAACAAAUAUAUGAGAAACUUUUUCGUAGAAUUUGAUACCUAAUAUAGGCAGAAUCAAAAGCUGCUAAUACUUUGAGAGGUCUGGAGUUGUCCAUAUAAAGGACAGCUUUUAUUGGUUUAGUUCUUGUCACGUGUUUUUUUUUUUUUUUGUGUGUGUAGUUCGUAUCUCAAGACUUAUGCUUUCUGGAAGGACAAAAAGAAAACGAGACUGAGAAGGAGAAGAACUAAACGACACCUUUCUCUAAUGCUGCCUAUAACCACCUGGCCCACACAUUCUUGGACAGAAAUGCCACCCCUGUAG